UUUUGCAGAACUGACUUGAAGGUUCUUAUUGUUUAAAUGUGCCACAAGAUAACAUGUUUCAGACAUCUGCUUGUGAUUUUUAGAGAACCUAUCUCUGCCAUGUGGAAGACCAAUGGCAAUAUCAUAUUUCGUUCAUAUAUUUCGACAUAGUUAUAACCAAGUUACCAACAUACUAAAAUUUAAACUUGCGCGUCGUCAAGAACGGACUGUGAAUUUAUAUUUCUCAUUCAAAGUCAGUUUGCCUGUCUGAAAUGCCGUUAAGAUUAUACCGGAAGUUCAACAGUUCAACAAAUGGUUACCCACAAAUGGGGGAUACUUUUCAGAUGAACCGUUAACCUGGACGCAGCUGACACCUGAGUUGAGUUUUUUUUAUCUAUGACGUCCACCUCUGUGACUGCACCAAUGAGCACAAUGACCAUGCUGACCCAUGGCAAAGUAGCGGCAAAAACAACAGCGUCCACGUCAUCUUCCACAGCGAUGUCAUCAUCUGCAAAACCAUCAUCCACAAAGGCUAGACUGCUGUUUAACUCUGACGGAAGUGUAAAACUGAUGGGAGACAUCGCCGACUUCCCUGGGCUAGGGGCAGACAAGAACAGUCACACCCUGGUUCCCACUGUGGGUCCCGAUGGCAAAAUGACGAUGCUCCUCGCUCCAUCAGACGGACGUGGGAAAACGUUCAUACUGAACCCAACCAACGGUGGAAGUCUUCCCAGUCCUAACGUUAUUGCAACACCAGACAAUCUAGUUGGGGGCAAGUCAACCUCACUCCUCUCAUCCUCAACACAUUAUACUCAAGUGCUUCCAACACCCACACAGGUGGCCAGUAGGACUCCGACAACGCAGAUUAUACUAUCAAGUGAUCAGUUAAAACCUGCUUCCAAAUCUCAAAUAUCUCUUCUCUCCAGUCAUAACGGUACGCCAGUGCCUGUUUCCAACGCGCAGUUUGAGACACAUAUGAGAAUCGAUCCUUCAGGAUCCGUUACUUCUACAGUCAGAAUUCCAUGUUCCAGUACCCACAGCUCAACUUCCACAACUACUUCUACGAGUCAGUCAGGUCCAGGUGCAACCGCAGUUUUGAAACAGCUGGCUGAUAAGGUAACCACAAUUAAGAAAGAACCUGAAGGCAUUACAUGUCAUAAUGAUGUAGAUGGUUCAAGGUCUACUCAUCCAAAGUCUAAAGCUCCAGGUGGAACCGAGCCCAAGUUGCCCGAGGGUAAAGGGUGGACUAGACUUCAAAGCGUUCUGUUAACAGCCCCUCCUUCCACGAUAGUCAUGCCAAAUCAAAGUCAAACAAUUGUGGGUCAUAGACUCGCGAGUGCUUUCCCCAAACCGUUUACUCAGAGAUACAUGAUAAUACCAAAAAAUUCAUCUGACAUUAUAGCACCACCUGACGGGGGCUCCCAAGCUGCACCCAGUACGAUAGACGUCUUCCCUAUAGCCCCCUCCUCCUCCUCCUCCUCAUCAUCAUCAUCAUCAUCAUCACCCAUGACCUCUAGUGCUGUACCGACGAUGAUGUUUCGCCACAAUUAUGCUGCAAGUUUGAGUGACAAAGGUGCCUCUGUGGCGCCCACUCCCAUCUCUAAUAUGACCCUAGCUCCUCAAGCCCCUCACCUAUUCAAGACCACCACCCCUCAGAAGGUUGUGUAUCCCGUGAACUUCAUCAAACCAGUGACGGAUGCUGUUAACGUUGCUCCUGUAAAGCGAACACCGUCUGUUGUGAAAGUGCCAUCUCCUGACCAAACAGGUUUGUAUAAUCAAGGCAGUUUGAUUGGUGGAUCUUCAUACAUCUUGGAUGGUAAGUUAGGAUGUCUGACAAGUGUGGCACCUGGCCCAAAAGAUGUGUGUAAUCAAGGCAGUUUGAUUGGUGGAUCUUCAUACGUCUUGGAUGAUAAGUCAGGACACCUGACAUGUGUGGCGCCUGGCCAAAAGGAUGUGUGUAAUACGGGCAGUUUGACUGACGGAUCCUCAUGUAUUGUGGAUGCCAAGGCAGAAUGCCUGACAGGUGUUGCGCCUGACCCAGUUCAGCAGGACCCCGACGAUGGUGUUUUAUCCAUUAAAAUAGACUCGGUAUUUUCUUUGGCAGUGAAAGAGGAAGAGAAAAUUCAAACAAGACAGAAACGUAUAAGAAACAAAACUACAAAGUGUACUUCAGGAAAUAAAGUUAAAGACGAUUCUCCAAAGGAACCCGAAAUUGUCAUCAAGAAAGAAACUGGCGUGGAAUCGGAAAAUCGACUCCCGACAAUUAGUGAACCCGAAAUUGUCACUUGUCCCCCUUCUUAUGUUGUUCUGGAGCAGUUGUCCCUGAAGCAGAUUGAAGACCCGAAACGACAUAUCAUCAAAUGUUCAAACUAUUGUCGAGUGAGGACUCUGAACUUUCUGUGCAAACUUGGCUUGGUAGACUGCGAGCCAACAGUGCACAUUAGAAAAUGUGUAUCUAAGUGUGAGUCAAAUGAAAGUGUGAACUCUAAACAUAAGGAAAUGCAGAAGGCUAAACGAAAACAACAAUCAGAGAGUGAUUCGUCUCCCCAAACCAAAACAUCCACUCCUGAACAACCAUCCGAUCCUAAGAAGGAGUCCUUGGCUGCAGGUGAUGGUUCUAAAGUUAGGAAAAUAGAGUCCCCAGCAAGUCCAAAGUUGAUCCAAAAGGUGAUCAAAUUUACAAAAGUUGACAACGAAAGUUCAUCAAAAUCAGAGACUGUUUCUAAAUCCGCUACUCCAGCACCACCACCUGCUACAGCCUCUAUGUCCAGUACUUCAGUCACCACGAAGUCCGUAAUUCCUCCAGCAUUCUCAAACCCAAACAGUGUACCAUUACGACCUCUGUUGAACACAGCAACGAACACUUUGGUUCUAGGUAAAUCUACUCUGAGACUUCCAUGCAGUAUCGCAUCCAAGCCGCCGGCUUUAUCAGACGGGGUAAAUGCCAACAAGAAACAAUAUUAUCUGUUCACAGUAAAUGGACAGAAUGUUUUGGUUCCCGUUUCCAAUGAUGUUUUGAAACCGACUGCGUAUAUGUUGAAGGGAAACACAUUAAGCGCAUUAUCAAACACGACAACCGUCACAACGAACACGCCUACUGUGUCGAAUGUUGGACCGGGAAACAAUGUUUUACUUCGGAAACUUACAACUCUUCAAAGUCCGGCUCUAAAACGCCCGACCGAUACCGUUCCUCAACAAACACCGCCUAGUAAAGUAUCUAAAGUAACGGAAGGAAAGGUGGAGAAAGACAAACCAGCCACAGACCUACCAGCAGGGAUUCGGAUCAAAUCCGAGCCUGUAACGCACGGGUAUGGGGAUGAAAAACCCCUUGAAUCAACACACAAGAAGAAAAUGAGAGAGCACGAAGUCAAGAUCAAGCAGGAACCUGUUAAUGAUGAAUGGCAGGAGGUCUGGAGCUCCAAGGUCGUGCCUGUUGAGAGUCCUGAAACUGCGCCGUCUCUGAAGAAACAAUCACCAACGUCGACAACGGUGCCAAAAUACGGACCAGGAGACUCUCGGGCGGAAGGGGAUGAGACCAUGCCCACCCUUCCCAUGAUGCAGCUUCCCAGCACGAAAGACAGAGCUCACAAGAUGGCCGCCCACAAUGACCGAGUAGAGAGGCUGAAGGCGGUACUGAAACAGAAGGAGAAAGAAAUUGAGGAUUUGAAGAAGAAAAGAAUGGAAGAUGGAGCUGCCGCGGAUGACUGUUAUGGUGUUCAAGACACAAACUAUGACACAUGCACGACAGAAGACAGGGAGCCGCCAGGACCUCUGUGAAAAUUGAACCCGUGUCCUGAUACACGUGUCAGUCUGAAUAUGACCGGACUUCCUUACAAUAAUGUUAUUUAAAUGGUCGAAUAGCAUUUUAUCAAUACUGGCAUACAUCCCAGUGAUUUGAUGUUAUCGUUUUGAGUAAUAUCUGUGAUACCUUUAUUAUUUUAUCAUCAGUUGAUAUGACACAAUAGUUCCAUAUAAACGUGUAUUUGGUGACAGAUACGUCCUGCUUAUGAGGUAUUAUGAGGUACAUGUACAUAAUAUUUCAUAUUAAGGAUUAUGUUACGAUUAUGUUCUUAUUGGCUUAAAGGAAUAUUUAAACAGUAUAGACACAUCACAGUUACGUCACAUGCAGCGAAGAGCUGAUCGUUGCAACAAGGUAUACAACAAAUCCCUCCCAGUCUAAAUACCAAAGAUAACAUCGACUAUUAUACUCAUCGCAGCCAUAGAGCUGGAACAUUGCUCAGUAAGGCGUCAAACAAAGAACCCGUAAGUCUAAGAGGGUCAUGUGAUUGUGUAGACACGAAGAACGAUGCUAUGUAUGUACACGUAUAUUGUUUUCUCUGAUGAAUGUGCUGUCUUUGCGUACAAGCUGACCGCUCUGUUCAUGUGGUCACAUAUGAAUGCACUGAUACAUAUUGUGCUUUGUCAAGAUGAUUGUUUUCAUAAAUAGUAUAUAUACGCAGGGAAACAAUUAAGGGAACAUGUGAAAGUACAACUGUUCCUAUAUUCCUUUACAGGUUUCUUCGAAAGGUUUGUAAAGCACUGUGGUUCAAAAUCUGAAAAUAGAUAUAGGCAUACUGUGAUGAAGUGGUGUUCCCCUAUUUGUUCCCCUCAGUAUAUUUCAACUUUUCCGCACAGUUAUACUCCUUAUCCGUUCCCGGAUCCGCUCAUGCCGAUUGGCCUCGAUUAUGAUCCUUGGUAUGUGGUUGUCUUUGUAGUUACAGCUGAUAUGUCGUGAAAUAGAGAGUGAAUGAGUUAUGUUUUCCGCCUCUUUGAACUGUAUUUUAGUGACGGCGUGUAUGUUUGUGGGUGGAAAUUCCGAGGUGAAGAUGUUGUCAGACGUUGACCACUUAGUUGACACCCACGAGGACGAGCGUAGUAAUUAUUAACCUCGAAACAUUAUCAUGACAUCGUUAAAUAGCUGAAACAGCUGGAAGAUGAUGAUAGCUGAAAGAAUAUUGUGUCGGUUGUAUUCUUCCGUGAUGUUUCUUUUUCUCACAUUUUAGUUUAUAUUUUGUCUUAGCGCACCUUAUAGCUCUUUCUGUAUCAGAUAAUUGCAUGUAAUUAUUGCCACAAUUACACUGCCAGUGUUUCGACAGAACAGUCUGAUUUUAUUUAGUUCUGUAUGAAUGGUUCAAGUUGUUUCCAUUCAUAAAAUUUGUUACAACCAAUGUAUGUAAAUUAUAAGCAAUUAUAGCUAUUACAAAUAUGUUAUGGUUAUAACAUGUGUUGUUUAUAUCGUGCAGUACAGUACAUAUGAAGCUGAUAUACGACAGAAGCGCUGCAUGAGGAUCUUGCGCCACGUUACCUGCAUCAUCCAACACCGACCCCGUCAAGCUGGAUUCUUGCCAUCAUACUUUCACAUUCCAAUUAUCCAUUAAUCUGGAGCCCACAACUUAAUAUUGGUCUUACAAACAAACGCGACAAAAAUAUCUCAAUAUUAAAAUCAUAUUUCAUUA